AUGCGUUCACGAACCGGAUGCCUAACUUGCCGUCAGCGGAAGCUGAAGUGCGAUGAAAAGAAGCCAGUUUGUGGGCAAUGCACAAAGGCUUCCAGAGAAUGCAUACCAAGCUCAGGCAUUGUCUUCCGCCACCAACACAAUGCCUCCAUGAAUGGGGACGACUCGGGCGAUGAGAACUCCCUCAAGGGCUUCUAUGCAUACAAGAACACAUUUGAUGACGAUGCCAUCUGGAUAGACAUUCCCAAGCAUGUCACAUUCAUCAACACCACCAACCCAUAUCUUGAUCCUGGCACACCUGACUUUGACAACAUGUCAACAGCUUCCAUGGAAUCACCAGGACCAUUUGAGGCUCGUUCAUUAGGCUCAUGGCGUACACACAGCACUUUCCAAUCAGUUACCAGCACACCAUCCAGUUUGGGACCCGAACUAGCGCCUACCAGCAUACCGUUCUGCUACACUCCCGAACUUGAGGCCCUGCCGCCUCUGAUGCAGUCACCUCCCACAUCUACAGUAGGAACGCCCAUGUCACCGCCCAUGUCAUUAUGCAACCGACACAUACACCCAGUCAUGGACUACACCGUUUCUGCUGCUCCGUCGCCACCUAUUGAUCCUCGCCUCAACUCACCAUACGACUCUUCCGACCGAAUGCAUCGGUCUGUCUCCAUAUCCAGCUCCAGACGGUCAGUGCCCCGUUCGGAUGGCGGCAUGUCACCUCAAGACGACCAAGAAAUUGCCUUCCUCCUGCGGCAUUUCUCAGAAGGUCCCGGAUACUGGAUGGAUCUCUUCGACAUCGGAACAUACUUUGCUUCGUACGUUCCUGUCAAAGCGCGUGAGAAUCCACUACUCAAGUUUGCGGCCGUUGCGUGUGCUGCCAAGGCACUUGCACGUGUUCAGGGACGCAACUCCGUCAUGGGAGGUAGCGCCACAUACCAAGCUCGGAUGGCCCAGUAUCCAGAUGCGCAACUAGUAGACUGGAAGCACAAGGCUGCCGUAUAUUAUGAUACUGCCGUGUCAUUGCUACUGCACGCUCUGAAGAUGGAUGUCGUAUCUUCUCCUGACGAAUCAGAGUGCGAGCAGAGAUACCCUUCCUCGGCUUUUGACGGACCAGUCCCCAAACGACGACGGACUUCGAGCAACACAUCGUUUGCAUCCAACACAGACGAUCUUCUUGCAGCCUCCGCCAUUCUGUGCGCCUACGAGUUCCUCGACACAUCCGUUUCGGAAUGGGCCAAGCACCUAAAUGGUGCUAAGUCUCUUCUGGUCCUUUCCCAAGAGCACGGUAUGCCACUACAACUACCAACACCCACAUCGACAUCCCCGUUGUCAAGUUACAACAUGACUUCCAAGGCUCGUAGGGCGACGUUCUGGAACAUUGCUAGGCAGGAUAUGCUUGCAGCUUUCAUCAAUAAAACACACACAAGACUUGAUACUGAAGACUUGGCUAUCUGGAGGGACGCAGGUCUCAUGGUUGAUGAGCAAGGCUUCAUCAUGCCGAGCAACAUUGCAGCAAGCGGCUACCUUGAAGAAGGCGAUGCUACCAUGCGAGAAGAUAUUGUAUGCAACGCUCUUGUUUGGCUCAUGGCUAAACUAGUCAACUUCAUGGCUGCUGGCGAUGAGAUUGCCAGCCCAUCUGGAGUUAGCUGGAGCGGUGUUUCGCAGCGCACACUGCUCGAAUACUGGUUCAGUCUACGAAAGCAGCUCCAGGUCUGGUACGACGGUCUCCCUCCGACAUUCCAGCCAUCAGCCAGGGUUACACCUUCACACACGCCCGGUCAAUCUCCGACAAACGAGAACGCAGCCAUGUUCAGCGAAGUGUGGUACUCAAUCCCCAUGUGCGCUGCUACUAUGCAGACAUACCACAUGUCGCAGAUCCUUCUCUUCAUGAACAAGCCGCACGAGUCGACGCAAGGCCGUAGCACGCUGGUUGCGCGCAUGAACUCGUAUCAAUCUGUGCUUGCGACAUGCCAGAAGCAUAGCCGUGAGAUCGUUGGAAUCUCGCUGGCUCGGUCAGAUGAGGCCGUUCGGAUUCAUUCCGUACAACCCUUGUUCACAGCUGGUCAAUGCUUGAGCGAUCCGCGAGAACGCCAAGUUGUCUUAGACCUUCUGAGGGACAUUGAGUCUGACAUCGGCUGGGCUACGGAGUAUCGUGUGCGGCAAUUAUUCGAGCAAUGGCAAGGAGAAGAACCGGAGGGUUUGGUACCAUGA